CUUUGUUGAUCAGUUAGCAGGCCAUCCCAUAAUGAUCUUAUAAAAGUCAGGCCACAGCAACUUGGGGAUUGGGGCUAUUAGGGUCUUGAAAUCCUGCCUUGCCUGCACUUUGUUGAUAGCGGUGCCCAGAGAUUGUACAUGCUCAGCCAUGUAUAGCUUGUUGGGCCAGAGAGGCCGGUGCGUCUGGCUCCUACUCCUUGUGGUGAUCAUAACCUUUUGCAGGGCUCAGGAUAGCUCGUCAGUGUCAUCAUCUUCCAGCUCCAAAGAGGGUGGUUACCCUAAACGCAUGCCAUGCAAGGACAACAACAAUCGGAUUUCUUACCAUGGGGAAACCUACAAGAUGACGAAGUGUUCGGCCUGCACAUGUACCAACUCCACUCUCGCUUGUCAAUUUGAGUCCUGUCAGCCGGCAACAUGUGCCAACCCAUUGGAAUUUCCGGAGAUUUGUUGUCCAACCUGCCCUUACAAUAUAACGGUGACGGAUGUGGAACCAGAGCUUGAAUCUGGUACCUCAAUUGAGCAGGGGGUCGAAAACGAAGUCAGCCUUGAUCUGAACGUGGGCUACCUCAACAGCAAAGACACCACGAGCAUAGCAGGGGAGGGUCUGUGGACGACCAAGUUGUGGAUGAGCACCUUUGAAGACGGGUCCAACGAACUCUCCGGCACUGUGGUGGAGGAGGCGUUGACCGAGGGACAGCAGUCCCAGAACUUGAAGAAAACCUCUGAUGAGCUCUUCAUAAUCCCGAACAUUCGAUACCAGUUUGACCUGACAGAUCACACUUGUGAUGACGCCAAGUACGUCUGUGCCAAAUUCAACAAAGGGCCAAACCCAGAGGUGGAGAAGGACUACUUGGACUACCAUUUCACGGCAAUCCCGACUGAGGAGGUUUUGACCGGAUGUACUGAAAUCGACGACUGUAGAGGUCCUGCAAAUGUUAUCGUCCAGAAUGUCGAACCAGUUUUGGACGGCCGAACCGUGAUUAAAGAGGACCGGGACAACGAAGUCUCAGUGGACCUGAACGUGAAUUAUGCCGACAUCCCCGAGACCACGGAUGUCUCCGGACAGGGUUUGUGGACGGCCAAAAUGUGGGUUAGCAGUGACGAGAACGGGGCGAGCGUCGUGGCAGGCACCGAGGUGGAGAACGUCCUGACCCAGGGCCAGCAGGCCAAGGAAUUGGUUAAAGACCCGAGUGAGCUCCUGGCCUUUGACAGCAUCCGCUACAACUUUGACCUGGCGGGACGCAGCUGCUUCGAAGCCAGGUAUAUCUGUGCUAGAUUUGACAAGGGCUCGGAUCCGCAGUUGGCCCAGGAAUACACGGAACUCAUGCUGAGGGGAGAUCCCGGGGAGAACGCCUUGACUGGCUGCACUGAAAUUGAAAACUGUGAAGGUGUGAAGGUGACUGACUUGGACUGGUCUGCCGAUGUCGGUGAGAUGCGAUACGGAAUCCCUACUCCCAUGACCAUCGAUGCCACGGUGGGCACUGCGUCCGACAGUCGGUCACUGUCCGGCUCUGGCCUGUGGCGAAUGGACUUAUUCGGCAGUAGUGACCUGGAGGGCACGGGCCAGAGGAAACCAGUGGUGACACAGAUCUUAGAUGCCGGCGACCAAGCCAUCCCUCUCGGCAGCCCUGGCAACCCCAUCCAGUUCAACGGCGUGGAUGCACGCUUCCCCAUCGAAGAGGUCGGCUGCGCCGAUUUGCCCUAUCUGUGUCUGGAGUUCAAGAAGGGGGACAGCCCGAAUCCUCAGUACACGUUCGGGACGGAAGAUGGAGGGGACUCACUCGUCAAGUGUAGAAAGGAAAAAUGUAGAGGUGUCUACGUGUCUGGCGUUGAUUCAACGCUUCGCAGUGGCGGCAUUACUGAGGGCAAGCCAAGCAACGACAUCACCUUUGACACAAUUGUUCAAACGACAGACGAGAGCCGGCCGGUAGUCGGCAGUGACCUGUGGCGACUCAACCUGUACGGCAACGAGCAGAGCGACGGUCUGGGUCCCCGCUACAAUGAACAGGAGCAGGUCCUGAAUAGACCCCUCAGUGGACGUCCCUUAAGGAACCCAGGAGAACCUCUAUCCUUCCAGCCCAUACAAGCCAAGUACGACAUGACGGAUAUGAACUGUGAAAAGAUCAAGUUCCUGUGUACAGAGUUCAGCCGCAAUCCGUCCUCUUCCGUCUCCUUUGAUGUGACUCCUGUCCCCAAUCAGCCAAGUGUACUGCGAGACUGUAUGGAUGUACCGGAGGACUUCUGCCGGGGUGUUCUUGCUGAGAGGUUUGACUGGACUUACGAUGCUGGCAGUCCAAUCCCUGGCCAACAAACACCGGUGAAAUUCAACGGAGAACUGUUCACCAGUCCUCGGAGCCGGGACCUGUCCGGCACCGGGCUGUGGAAGAUGGGCAUGUACGGAAGCCGAAGCGCCGACGGCGAUCCAACCGACCGCUUCGGUUACGUCAGUCAGGCUCUCAAUCCGGCCGGAGCGUCAACCACUCUCAAGGGAGGUACCCCGAUGGCCAUCCCAAACCAGCAGGUGGACUUUGAUAUUGGCUCCAUCGGCUGCAACGAGUACGGCUACGUCUGCGCCGAGUUCACCAAGGGGGACAAUCCGGAACCCGAAUAUAAAUUUGAGGUGGUUGGCCGGAGUGAUGUGGCAGCUGGUAAUGUUUUGACAUCUUGCAAGAAACAAGAGUGUUCAGCACGUGCCGUAUUUACCGAUUUGGAGUCCUCCAUCCCCGGCGAUGAUUUUGUGGUAGAGGGUCGACCAGAUAACAACCUGGCUAUGGAUAUCACCGGAAUCACAGGCGAGGGAUCAACCGCAGUAUCCGGCACCGAUCUCUGGAAGGUGGGGCUGUACGGCAGCGGCAGCCCCGAUGGCCGCGGCCGGAAGAUGGCCUACCAGGAGCAAGUCUUGAGCCAGCCCCAGAUGGACCAAGCCCUGGAGACGGACUCGGAUCUCCCGUUCCCCAACACGCAGGUCAACUUCAACAUGGCUGGGCUGCAGUGCGAAGACGUCAAGUACCUGUGCACUGAGUUGCGGAAGAAUCCAGCCGCCAGGCCGAAUUACCAGUUUGAAGCUGUGCCCAACGAGAGAGCGCUCAUCUCCUGUACUGAGCUUGGGGACAAAUGCAAAGGGAUAUCGGUCACCGACCUCGAUUGGUCCUACGAACCCGGUCAGAUGCAGAUGGGAAUGCCCACUCCACUUUCAAUCGACGCCAACGUCCAGACAACACCAGACAGCCGCGAUCUGGAGGGCUCGGGACUGUGGAAGAUGAAUCUCUUCACAAGUCGUAAUGCGGACGGUUCGGGCCAGAGGCAGUCCGAGCAGUCGCAGAUUCUGGACGGCGCCGGACAGGCCACCCCUGCCCCGGCUGGCGGGCCCAUCGCGUUCGACGACGUCAACACCAGGUUCCCCAUGGAGGAUCUGGGAUGCGGGGAAUACGGCUACAUCUGCUUGGAGUUUGAAAAGGGUGUGUAUGCCAACCCACGAUACAAGUUUGAGACAACUGGCCCAGGGGAUACCCUCAUCGAUUGUAAGGCGGCAGACUGUGGAGGUGUGUACGUGUCAGGUGUGGACUCCACUCUCCGCAAUGCGGAAUUGUACGAAGGCAAGCCAACCAAUCUUGUCCAGUUUGAUACCAUUGUGCAGACUACUGACCGAAGCGUCCCGAUGAUGGGCCGCAACAUGUGGCGUCUGAACCUGUACGGCAGCGAGCGCCAGAACGGAGAGGGCCCGCGCCUCAACCCACAAGAGCAAGUCCUCUCAGAUUACUUCAGCAGCCGUGCGCUGAUGACACCCGGAGAUACCCUGGACUUCCAACCCCUCGACGCCGAGUAUGACAUGACAGGCGUCAACUGCAAGAAACUGAAGUACCUGUGUACGGAGUUCAGCCGUAAUCCCAGCUCCUCGCGCGAGUUUGAGCUCACCCCUGUCCCCAAUGAGAGAGUACUCCGAGACUGUAUGGAGGUGCCUGAUGAAAUGUGCAAUGGUGUAAUAAUUGAGGAUAUGGACUGGACUAUGGAUGAACCGACUGGUAAGAUCAUCCCUGGUACCCCGACACCAAUCAGACUCAAUGUAGAUGUGGAUUCCAGACCCACGGCUGGUAGCGCCACCGGAGACAACCUCUGGCGUGUUGGUGUCUUCGGUUCCAAAAGGCCCGAUGGCAAGGGUGAGCAGGUAGGACUCCGACGCCAGAUCCUGACGCGUGACCAGUCCGGCAAGGAUCUGACGGCCGGCAACCCCCUCGUCUUUGACGGCCUCGACACCGAUUUUGACCUGUCGCUGAUUGGCUGCGACUCGGAAGUCCAGUAUUUGUGCGUGGAGUUUGCGAAGGGUUUGCGGGCCGAGCCGGACUUCAAGUUCCAAACGGCCAGCGGCAGCGAUGUCAUCGUCAAGUGUAAGGAUGAAGAGUGCCGCAAAGGAGUCAAGGUGCGCGGCCUAGAAGUCAGUGACAGUUCCAUGACAACUUUGAAGGAGAACACCCCGAACAAUCGCGUCAUUUAUGACGUCACUGCCCUGACCACACCGGACAGCGGAGGCGCCAUCGGGGACAGGCUGUGGGAGAUGUCGCUGUACGGCAGUAGCAACAUUAACGGUGUUGGCCCACGCCUGCACGAAGAGCAACAGGUCUUCAGUAAUUACCAGCAGAACAAAGAGGUCCUGCCGGGAGAGAACAUCCCGUUUCAGCUGGUGGAUGCCACCUUCGACAUGACGGGACUGUCCUGUAAGGACGUGCCAUACCUCUGCACAGAGCUCAGGAAGGGAUCCAGACCAUAUCCAGAUUUCCAAUUCACGGCAGUCCCUGACAGAAGUGUCUUGAAGAAAUGUUUCCGCUCAAAAUGUGAUGGCAUAACGAUUGAUGAGACAGGCCUGUCCGGUACCGACUUCACUAUCGAUGAUGAAACCGAGGAGAUAGAGUUUGACCUCGAGAUUACGUCCAACCCGAUCAGCGGAGACGCUACUGGACGAAACAUGUGGAACGUGGUGUCCUACGUCUCCAACACCGACGACGGCACUGGUCCCCGUCGGACCCUGGAGAAACAGACCCUGACCCCGGAUAUGGCCAGUCGUGAUUUGAGGUCAGGCACAAGAGUGAGAUUCAACAACCUGGCCGCCCGCAUCAACAAAGACGACAUACCGUGCUCAGAAGGCGGCGGGUAUUUCUGCGUGGAGGUGCAAAAGGGGGCGUACUCCUCGUUUGACUUCACCCUCAGUGGAUCGAGGCCUGACUCGCUGAGGCGAUGUAAAAAGCUCAAAUGCCUGAAAGCCGAGGUUAUCAAGGGUCCAAAUGGAGAGAAAGGGUACAGAGGAGAGCCGGCACCGGAACCUGAUUGGGACCGCUAUCCCGGCCUGCCAGGACCUGGGGGACCUCCAGGAUACAAAGGACCAACAGGCUACCCUGGACUCAGUGGAGCACCGGGAUUCAAGGGUCCACAAGGAGACUAUGGACAACAUGGAUACCCAGGACCCCCUGGCCCACCAGGACCCCCUGGCUCCCCUGGAGAAGCAAUUGCUCCUGCCAACAUUGGAUCAUAUUCAGGGCAAAAGUCGGCCGGCUUUGGUUAUCAGUCUGGUCCACAGCAGGUGAUACAGGGACCUCCAGGACCUGCAGGCCCUCCUGGUGCUCCUGGUGAAAUGGGUCCUAUUGGGCUACAGGGAAUGAGUGGCGAAUCAGGCCCUGUUGGAAGACCUGGUUCUCCUGGACCCCCAGGACCCAGAGGUGAAGACGGCGAUUCAGGAAGAGAUGGAAGUGAUGGAAACGCUGGUUCUGUUGGUGCUGCUGGUCCAACUGGAGGGCAGGGUCCCUCAGGAUCGCCAGGAAACCCAGGCCAACAGGGACACAAAGGAUGGAGGGGUGCCCGUGGCCGCAAGGGGGCUCGUGGCGAUACCGGUGAGAUUGGUGAUAACGGCGCCCGCGGAUCGGCUGGAUCUGCAGGAGCCCCAGGAGCAAGGGGUGACCACGGCAUUCAAGGGGAGAGAGGUGAGCGAGGAGCUCGUGGAGUUGCUGGAGUGAGAGGACAAGAUGGCAGUGAUGGUGAGAUCGGCAAUGCUGGCCCAAUUGGUGCAACUGGUCGUGUGGGUGUUAUGGGCAUGAGUGGUGCUAAGGGAGAUGCAGGUCCCCAGGGCGAUAUGGGCUUCCAAGGUAUCGUAGGUCAGCGAGGUGAGAACGGCGCUGACGGUGCCCCAGGAGCCACUGGUGCUACUGGAUCUGCUGGCCAAGACGGGGAGACCGGAGCAGUUGGUGAUGUGGGUGGCGUUGGAGCUUCUGGUGCCGCUGGUGCCCCAGGAGCCAGGGGACCUUCUGGAACACGCGGAGCCACCGGACCCGGUGGUGAGCUUGGGGCCCAAGGCUACCCCGGUCUAGCAGGAGCUCGCGGUGCUGAUGGAGCUCGUGGUCCAACCGGAGGUGUUGGUAUCCGUGGUGAGCCCGGGGUGGAUGGUUCGGAGGGGUCUACGGGUCCAGAUGGUCCAGUCGGGUCAACUGGUCCACGAGGUCCAACCGGAGCCAGGGGAGGUGUUGGUUCACAAGGACCUUCAGGACCGGCUGGUGCUCUUGGCAUGAGGGGUGAUGCAGGAGCACAAGGCAACACUGGUGCACCUGGGGAGAAAGGAGACCCGGGUAAUCCGGGACGAACAGGAGACGCUGGAGCUCCUGGUGCACAGGGCAGACCUGGAGAUUCUGGCCGUGAUGGCAACGCCGGAAAGCCUGGACCACCUGGUCCCUCUGGCAGUGACGGACAGCCAGGACCACCUGGUCCUAAUGGUCCUCAGGGACAGAGAGGUAACAUCGGCCUACCAGGAUCCCAGGGAGCAGGGGGAGAAGAAGGUCGAACAGGGAAUCUUGGCGCAACUGGACAAAGAGGACCAAGUGUAAGUCGACCGUAA